AUGUUUAAUACUCUUCUUUUCUUAGUUUGUUGUUGUUCAUUAGUAGGAUCAUCAUUAAUUGAUCCUGUUUCAAAUAAAAAACAUAUUGAUGGUACACAAUAUACUAUUAAAAGUGUUAGUACAAAAUAUAAACAACAUGUAUCUGAUCAAGGUGAAUGUAGUAUAGAAUUAAAAGAACGACCUAAAUUUUUAGUCGAAGGUGAAAUAAUUAAAAUAAAAAAUAAAUGGUUUAAAGUUGAAGAAUGUCGAUUAAAUCGAGCAUAUCGUGCUUCAUGUGGUUCAAGAUUAUUUUAUCAACUUCGUGAUUUAGCUUGUGCAUUUGUUGAACAAAAUCAAGACAAUCAAAUAAAUACGCGACGAGAAAUAACAAACAUGUUCAUUGAUGAAUCGUCUUAUGAUGUAUGUUGUGAAAGUGCAUGUACAAUAUCAGAAUUGCUUCAGUAUUGUCCUACAAAAUGGUGA